AUGCAGGUCGUUUCGCCGUUCCAGGGCAUACUUGAUUAUGAAAAAGCCCACAAUAUCCCCGUAGGGUACAUCAAUUACAGCAUCUCCAAGACCUCACCGAAUGGGACAUGGCACCAGCUCGAACGAGGCGAGAUCCCGCUCGAUGCAGACUACUUCCGCCGUUUCAAGGCAGAUCUGGAGGACGAGGACAGAUGGCGGGACUAUCACCACAAGCUGGCGACUCAGACGAAAUCAGCAGCAAGUGCCAGUACGGAACCAUUGGCGGCUAUGACUGAGCGCCCUCCAGUGCCGGAUAUCGAUGCGGAGAAGCUCUUCUGGGCCAUGAUGUUCGAGUCAAGGCAUCCCGAUCCCCACAUGUUCCCGGCGCUGCAAAAGCUCAAAGCUUCUGGAAGGUUCACACUUGCCGCUCUGUCAAACACUGUUAUUUUCCCGCCCGGCAGUCCGCUUGCUGAUGUUGCGGAGGGAGAUGUGAGAAGAAUCUUUGAUGUUUUUGUAUCCAGUGCGCAUGUCGGCAUGCGGAAACCUGAUCCAAGGAUAUACCAGUACACGAUGGAGAAGCUCCGGGAGAAGGUGGGACCAGAUCUGAAAGCCGAGGAAGUGCUUUUCCUAGAUGAUAUUGGAGAGAACUUGAAGGCGGCCAGGGCGCUCGGAAUGCGCACGAUCAGGGUGAUGCUGGGGAAGACCGAUGUGGCGGUCAAGGAAUUGGAAAAUAUCCUCCAGAUGGAUCUUCGUGAAGAAAGACAGAAAAGGGCAAAGUUAUAG